UGUAAAUUAUGAUCUCAUAAUUUCCAAAAUGUUUAAAUUUCUUAUAUUUAGUUUGUUAAGUAUAGGUUUAAGUACAGCUCAAAUCUUGCAAACAGGACAGUGUAGCGCGAAUAUUGCUCUUGCAGAAGAUUUUGACAUUGAAAGAUUUUCUGGAAGAUGGAACAGCAUAGAAGGAACUCGCAGCCCACUUCAACCAGGCGACUGCUCGUAUUUAGAAAUAAAUCCAACGAGCAAUACAACGACCGCUGGGGUUAAUAACUAUAGUGUGUACAUGAGGGCACUGAAUCAGAACUUUCUAGAAGAAAUCAAUGGAGUUGCAUCCGCAAUAAAUAAUACCGCCACAUAUACCAUGACGUUGGUGCCGGUUGGUAAAACCAUCGAUUUCAACAUCAUGCUAACAGACUACGAAAACUUCGCUCUUGCAUACAGUUGUGAGAAUGUGGGGACCACUAACAGGAACAUAUACAUUUGGCAACUGGGUAGAAGCACGUCGUUUCCCAGCGAAAUGAUAGCAAAUCUCAUGAACCAGACCAUUUUCACAAACUUUGGAUUGCGGUCUGCUGAUUUGACGGUGACAGACCAUUCGGAAACCGCGUGUUAUGUGCUCCCUGUGAUACCCCCAGGGCAAUCUGUUAUCCUACCUGGACAAUGCGACCCUAAUACAACAGUUGUCCAGAACUUUGAUGUUUCUGAGUUCCAAGGAGUAUGGCACCAAAUCGCGAGCUACUAUUCUCCCAACGCUGUAGGGAGCUGCAGCAGAGCGGAAUACACCCUACGAGGGUCUGUAGUGGAGGUGGUGAAUAGAGAGGUGGUGGCACAGAGCCUGGCUACCAUCAGUGGUACCGCUACCAUCGCCAGUACGGAUAAUAGUGCAAGACUACUUGUCACCUUGGAGGUGGCCCCGGGAGUUAAUAUUAAUUCGUCUCUUUGGGUGCUGGCGACUGACUACAAAAACUUCGCAGUUUCUUACACCUGCGAGAAUCUUGAAAAUAAUCAGAAAAGAGUGAACAGCUGGAUCCUUAGCAGAACGCAACAGCUUACAGACGACGUCAAGGUCCAAGUUGACAAUGUAGUCGCUUCGUAUUUGGACCUGAACGACCGGUACUACGUCCAAACUGACCAGAGCGAUGCCGCGUGCUUCUACUAUCCGGUACCAGCUUUGGACCAGUCCGUGGUCUUCCCUGGACAAUGUGAUGAGAACAUCCCCGUGGUUAUGAAUUUCAGUGUCGCUGAUUAUCUGGGCGUUUGGAACACCAUAGAAGCUUACCCAUCAGCAAAUGCCCUGGGAAGCUGUGGUAACGCAGAGUACACCCUUGGUUCUGGGGGUAAAGUCGAUGUGUACAAUACAGAAGUCAUCAACCAGACUUUACUCACUAUUGACGGAACAGCUGAAGUGGCGUUUGAUGAUGGCAGCGCGAAGCUUUUGGUCACCUUCCCCAUUGCGGGAACUAAUUUUACAAUUUCAACAAACUAUUGGGUCCUGGCCACGGACUACAUCUCAUACGCUCUCGUGUAUUCCUGCAGUAAUGUCAACCGUUAUCAAAGAAUGGUGUUCGCUUGGAAACUAAGUCGAACCAAAGAACUACCCGCAAACGCCAGCACUGUUUUCGAACAAACCAUGAGAGACAUACCCGUAAUGGACGAAAGGUACUUCCAAAAAAACGACCAAAGUGACGCUGCAUGCUUCUACUAUCCAGAACCGAAGGAAAAUGUCCCUGUAAUCUUCCGAGGACAAUGUGAUGAGAGCAUCAGUGCAAUAAACAACUUUAAUGCUAGCGGGUUCAUCGGCACAUGGUACGAAAUCCAAGCGUACCCAAAAGACAACCAGCCUGGUCAAUGUAUCAGCCACGAAUAUUCUCUAACAAACAACGGAUUAGAGAUCAAAUCUUCAAGUGUUAAUGAUCAGUUCUUAAUAACAUCAAAUAGUACAGUGGCUGUUAAUGGAACAGAUGGACGACUUACAAUAACUAUUCCUGCUAAUGGUUCAGUGAUAACAAUUGCCUUUUGGAUACUCAGCGUGGACUACCAGGACUACGCCCUUGCGUACAGCUGCGUGAAUCGAAUAGAUUCACAAACAAGAGCAGUUUACAGUUGGAAACUAAGCCGCUCCAAUCAGCUAUCACCAGCCGCCACUACUGCAAUAGAUAACGCUAUUUCUAAUAUAGAUGUUUUGGAUCAAAGAUAUUAUGAAAACAUCGACCAAUCUGCUGAUGCUUGUUUCUAUUUACCUGAACUGGGUCCUGGCGAACCAGUUAUAUUGAAUGGUCAAUGUGAUACUACUAUCCAACCAAUACAGAAUUUCAAUGUUUCUGAUUACCAAGGACGUUGGCGUCUCAUCGAAAGCUAUCCCAGUGAGUUCCAAACUGGUACUUGCAAUGAAGCCAGAUACACUCCUGUCAGUGGGAACAUUAUAGAAGUCGUCAACUCUCAAGUGAUCAAUGCGUCACUAGCCUCUAUCACUGGCUCAGCUACUGUGGAUAGUGCUGGAAGGAUUACUGUCACUUUCCCGUCGGCAUCAUCGUCAUCACAGCUCCUAGUAUUGGAUACAGACUACAGAACCUACUCUUUAGUAUAUAGCUGCGAAAACCUGUCAAGUAACACGCGUAGAGUAUGGAGCUGGAAGAUGAGUCGAUCAAGAAAUCUCACGGAAGCAGCAGAAGCCAAUAUAAACAGAGUUAUAAAUAACAUCCAAGUAUUGAACAAUAGAUAUUUCGAUAAAGUGGACCAAAGUGACGAAGGUUGUUUCUACUAUCCUUUGCCUGGAUCUAGUCCAGUUGUGUUCCGUGGUCAAUGCGAUGUGAACAUUCCUGUGAUUAUGAACUUUAAUGCUAGUGCUUACCUCGGUCUAUGGCAUACAAUCGAAUCCUACCCAUCAAUCUUCCAAGGAGGAUCUUGCAAUAACGCCUUCUAUUCCCCCGGCACUACAAGUGCUGUAGACGUUUAUAACACUCAAGUUGUUAAUGAAAGUCUAGAUGAAAUAUAUGGAACUGCUGAUUUAUUAUCAGCUGAUGGUUCUGGAAAACUUGUGGUCAGCUUCCCCAUUGCGGGGACUAAUUUGACGACUUUCUCCGAUUACUGGAUUUUAGCUACUGAUUACAAUUCGUAUGCUCUCGUAUACUCAUGUGCUAAUAUUGACGAUGAGACCAGACAAGUAUGGAGCUGGAAGCUUAGCAGAAACAAAACUUUAACAACACCAGCUUCAGACGUUAUGGACAAUAUCAUUAAAGAUAUCCCAGUUCUCGACCAAAGGUAUUAUGCGGAAAAUGACCAAAGUCCAGAAGGUUGUUUCUACUAUCCCGAACCAAAACCGAGUGUUGUUGUGGAAUUCCCUGGACAAUGCGAUGAGAGUAUACAAGCAGUUGCUAACUUUAAUUUAACAGGUUUCCAAGGUACUUGGUACGAGAUACAGGCUUAUCCAAAGGAACAACAAACUGGACAAUGUGUCAACCAUGAAUAUAGUAUCUCUGGAACAAAUAGUUUGUCUCUGAUUUCUUCUUAUGUUAUAAACCAAUUAUUGGAAUCGAGUUCCAGCCAAGUGACUUUCACAUCUGCCCAGGAUACUAGUGGAAAACUUACAGUCACUAUGAAUUCUGGAGGAUCAGUUAUCAGUUUUCCAUUUUGGAUUUUAAGCACGGAUUACAAUGAUUACGCGCUGGCGUAUUCAUGCAUCAAUGUUAACCAAGAUUUCAGAAGAGUAUUUAGUUGGAAGCUUAGCAGAUCGAAGACUCUAUCUGCACCAGCAGUCACAGCUAUUACCAACGCCAUAUCAAAUAUAACAGUUCUCAACGAAAGAUACUAUGAAGCUAUCAACCAAUCUGACUCAGCUUGUUUCCAUUUACCAAAACUGACUCUGAAUGAGCCUGUGAUCUUCCCUGGACAGUGUGACCCUAAUAUUGCUGUUGUUCAGAACUUUAACGUCAGCAGAUACUUAGGUGAAUGGCGUAUGAUUUCCACAUAUUACGCUGAACAACAAAUGGGAGGUUGUAAUCGAGCCGAGUACACAUUAAAUGGCGGUGUUGUACAAUUAAAGAAUAGCCAAGUUAUAAAUGAAGCCCUGAACUAUGUCACUGGUACAGUUCAGGCUUCAAGUGAUGGAAGUGCGAAACUUCAAGUACAAAUUGGAAACAAUACUGCAAGCCUUUGGAUCCUGGACACAGAUUACGAAAACUACGCCAUUGCAUAUAGCUGUAAUAACUUGGCAAAAAACCAACGCCGAGUAUUUAGUUGGAUCCUCAGCAGAACGUCAGCACUGCCUGCUGCUGUAGUCCCUAAUGUCACCAGAGUGAUUGACAGUAUCGAUGUUUUGAAUAACCAAUAUUAUCAAAAUGUGGACCAAUCAGACGCCGCUUGCUUUUAUUACCCUGAUCCUGAAGAAAACACUCCAGUUGUCUUCAGAGGACAAUGCGAUGAAAAUAUAACUGUUGUUACAAACUUCAAUAUAACAGCGUACAUGGGAGAGUGGUACGACGUUUCCUCAUACCCCACUUCCUUCCAAGCUGGUACUUGUAACACUGCCCAAUACACGCUCCGUGGUAGCGAAGUCGAUGUUCUGAACACAGAAGUGAGAAACGAGACAUUAUCCUCAGCGACUGCUGUUGGAACAUUCGCUGGAGCAACAAAUGUCGCUAAACUGUUGGUCGACUUCGGAGCAGGAAGAGUCACCGACUACUGGGUGCUCGCUACAGAUUACAACUCGUAUGCUUUAGUCUACACCUGCAGAAAUAUCAACAGCGAACAUAGACAAGUGGGAUCUUGGAAACUAAGUAGAUCAAGACAGUUGGAAGCAGCUGCUGUAACCGCUAUUAACAACGCAAUGGCGAACGUAUCAGUACUUGCUGAACAGUAUUUUAUUCCUAGAGACCACAGUAGUACAGGAUGCUUCUACUAUCCAGAGCCAGAAACGGGUUCUCCUGUUAUUUUCCCAGGACAAUGUGAUACAACCAUCCAAGCUGUGCCCAACUUCAACUUCGCAAAUUUCCAAGGACUCUGGCAUGAGGUCUAUAAAUAUCCCACAAGCCGUAAUUACGGAAAGUGUAUCAACCAAGAAUUCGGUGCUUUAUCCGGGAACACAGUUAACGUUGUGUCCAGACAUAUACAGAAUGAAACGUUAUAUGAAAGCAGUAACACUGCUACAGUAAGCGCUACUGAUGGUAGUGGACGCUUGACAAUCACUAUUCCGAGUGCUAACGGACCUGUAACGAUUCCAUUCUGGAUCCUAAGUACUGACUACGGAAAUUACACCUUAGCGUAUGGUUGUGUCAACAUCAACUUGGAACAAAGAAGAGUGUACAGUUGGAUCUUAGGCCGAAGGAAAUCUAUACCUUCAACAGCAUUCCCCAUUAUGGAAGAGAAAUUCAAAGAGAUUCAAGUUUUGGACCCCAGAUACUAUGAUGAUGUGGACCAAUCGGACCUCGCAUGUUUCUAUUUGCCAGUUCUUACACCCGAAGACCCUGUCAUUUUCCCGGGACAAUGUAACCAAUAUAUCCAGGCAAUUCCCAAUUUUGAGCCUGCAAGGUACGCUGGUCGCUGGCGUCUUCUAGAAACUUAUCAAACCGAUUUCCAAAGUGGUGCUUGUAAUGAUGCGACAUAUACUGUGCUACAAAACAGAACAGUUUUGGUUAGAAACACUCAAGUUGUCAACGAAACCCUACAAAGUAUAGAAGGUUCAGCUGAAUCGGCUAGUGUUAGCGGUGCUGGGAAACUGUUUGUGACCUUCCCAAGUUCACCCGAACCGGCUAAUUACUGGAUUUUAGACACCGAUUACGAAAACUUUGCCCUGGUCUAUAGUUGCAGGAAUUUAGAAAAUAACAGAAGAAGAGUAUACAGUUGGAAACUAUCGCGAUCACGUCAAUUCACAGCUGCUGAUAACAAUCGUAUGAAUGCAAUAAUAAACACAAUAGAUGUACUAAAUAGCAGAUAUUACAAUAACGUGGAACAUUCUGACUCCGCUUGUUUCUACUAUCCCGAAGCUAAUGGAACUGCUCCAGUAUUCAGAGGACAGUGUGACGAAAAUAUCACGCUAGUCAGCAAUUUUAGUGCUGCUGAUUACUUGGAUACGUGGUAUGACAUCGAGAGUUAUCCAACCGGCUUCCAAUUCGGUACAUGUCCGACCGCCACAUACACACUAAACGGAGAUGUCGUCGAUGUGUAUAACACAGAAGUAGUGAACCAAGUUCUAUCAUCUAUUAAUGGUGUUGCUGUUCCUUAUCCAGAUGGCUCUUCCAGAUUAAAUGUGUCCUUCCCAAUUCCUGGAACUAAUUUGACUACGUUUUCACCAUAUUGGGUAUUAGCAACGGAUUACCGAAAUUACGCUUUAGUCUACUCUUGCGUUAAUAUUGAUGAAGAGCACAGACGUGUGCAAAGUUGGAAACUCAGUAGGACAAGGUCACUAUCAGCCGAAUGGAACACACAAAUAAACAACGUCAUGAACUCUGUACCAGUUCUUCGACAACAAUAUUAUAAUGUUAGAGGACAUACAGAUGAAGAUUGUUUCUUUUAUCCCAAUAAUUUCGGAGGUCCAGUCAUUUUGGACGGGGAAUGUGCACCCAGCACUAUUGCCGUUCAAAACUUUAAUCUUACUGGGUUCGCCGGCACUUGGCAUGAAGUAUCUAAAUUCCCUUCAGAACUCCCAUCAGGGGAAUGUGUAAACAACAAAUAUGAAGUUGUUGCUAACCAAAAUUCGUUCACUUUAACAAAGAGUUUUGUCACGUUUGAAAAACUUAAUGUAGCAACUGGUCCUGUGACUUUAUCUACAGAUGGCAGAGGAAUUUUGAACGUUAAACUAUCUGGUGAUAAUGUUUCAUACGAGACCACUAUGUAUGUUAUCGAUGUGGACUACGAUGACUAUGCCUUGCUCUACGGUUGUAGGGACUUGGGAAAUAACAGCAAACAAAUUUACAGUUGGAAACUAAGUAGGAACCAGGCUGGGCUAUCUCAAGCUGCUGUCACCAAUAUAGAUAAAUCAGUAUCAGAAACAAAAGAUCUAUUCGAAGGAUAUUAUGAAGAAACUGAUCAAACAAUAGUCGGGUGCUUCUAUUAUCCUGAAUUUGAAGGAAAACCAGGACAAAUUAUAUUGCCUGGACCCUGCGAUGAAAGUAUUCGAGGCAUUGCCAACUUUGAGGCCGGUCGGUACCUCGGCAAAUGGUACCAACAAGCCAGCUACCCGCAACUAUUCCAAGAUGGCGACUGCGCACGUGCGUACUACAGCACAACAGAUGGCGUUGUUGUACAAGUUAUGAACACGCAAGUAACAGAUCGCAGACUGGAUGUGGCUUAUGCUACUGCUCAAGUGAUUACUACUGAUGGCAGUGGGGUACUCAAUGUGACCUUCACUUUACCUCCGUCUUCUCAAGCCUCGAAUUAUUACAUUCUGGGCACAGACUACGACAAUUACGCUUUGGUGUACAGCUGUAGAAAUAUCGAUGAGGGCAAGAACAGAAUAGUAACAAGUUGGAAGCUAAGCAGAAACAAAACUCUCGAAUCCCAAUACAAUACAAUAAUGAGCACAAUAAUAAACAACACACAAGGGUUACGUGAGAACUAUUACGUAGAAAGCAGCCAAUCAGAUGACGCCUGUUUCUAUAUACCUGCUGUAGAUAGGGACCAAGCACCCGUGUUUAGGAGUCAAUGUGACCCGGUACAGGGCGUGCAAGGAUUUGAUAUACAGAAGUACUUAGGCUGGUGGCACCAAAUAGAAGCGUAUCCAACAGACUCGAACCCUGGGUCCUGUGUGAGCUUUGAUAUCAGAGCUUCUGGAUCCACAUAUGAGUUGAUAGAAACUGGAGUUAAAGAUAAUAACGCUACUGUAGUUGUUAGCACUGUGACUGCUAACAAUGAUGGAAGGUUAAGACAGACGUAUAGCGAUGGACGGGUUGUUGAUAUCUGGGUCCUUGCGACCGAUUACGAAACAUAUUCACUUCUGUACUCUUGCGAGAAUAUAAAUGAUGAUUAUAAACGAGUAUGGAGCGCAAAGCACAGCAAGACGCGUGUUCUGACACCAGACGCACAGAACGCAAUGUCAGACAUUAUAGCGAACAGACGCGUUCUGGACCAACAACUUUAUCUGUCAGUUGACCAGACGGAUGGGGCUUGCUUCCAUUAUCCAGAACCAACUGGCAACCAGGUUAUAUUGCCUGGACAGUGUGACCAGAACAUUCCGGUGGAAAUGAGAUUUGAUCCUGCUCAGUAUACCGGCACUUGGUACCAAAUAGAGCGAUACCCACAACCCUGGGAGCGCGGCAACUGCACUGGCGCCAGGUACUCGCUCAACACGGACACUAGCGUGGUCACUCUCCUCAACUGGCAAGUGAUUGAUGGCGAGUUGGACACUAUCGAGGGCACUGCUACUAUCAGCUCGCUUGAUGGUAGUGCGAGGUUAACUGUGACUCUUCCGAUACGUGAAAUGAGAGAAACAGAACCCGAGUUUACAACGAUGGAACUGUACGUGCUAAAAACGGAUUAUCUUUCAUAUUCACUCGCAUACAGCUGCGUCAAUGUUGGACCUUACCGUCGUGCAGUGUCUACAUGGAAACUCAGUCGUACGCGGUCACUGACAACUGAAGGAGAAGCCGCCAUUGACACUUACAUGCAAAAUCGCGAUGAAUUUAAUAAUAAAUAUUUCAUUAAAGUAGAACAAAGCGACGAAUGUCCUGAACCAAGCUCCGCCAUAUUAGUGAAAAGCAGUAUUAUUGUAUUAUUUGUAAGCAUAGCUCUGUUGUGCCUGUAUUAAAAUGGUAUUAAUACGUCUUUAAUAAUGUAAUGUAAUUAUAAUUAGGUACAUAAAGUUAUCAAUAUAAACAUUUAAUGAGCAUUUUUUAUAUUU